AUGGUGUUUUACGAGACAUUUGUGCUUUUUUCCAAGCGCGUACAGCGCGCUGACAUUCGCCAAUUACUGAAACAGCAAGAGGCGCUGAUUACAAAGCACCAUGGUAGCAUGCUUGCUGUCCGCGACCUCGGCUGGAGAAAAACCGCCUUCAGAGUCAUUAAACCGCGGCAGGGCAUCUUCUGGUUUGGACGUCUCUUCUACUUCUCGUUUGGAGCGAACCCUGCGGCCAUUACGGAGAUGUCUCAAUCUCUUCAGUCAACCAAUGGUGUCCUUAGGCAUGCGACAGUACGCAUGAAAAAGCGACAUAACUUGAUGACGUACAACCACUACAUCCAUGCAAGAGACUGA